AUGCGUCACGUGUUGAAAAUGUCUUUCACCGUAAUUUCUCAUGCCUUUUCACUACAGACAGAACCUCAUUUUCCCUUUAGAAAAAAUGGUUAUUUGGUACUCGAAGACUUUUUCACAGAAGAAGAAGUCAGAGAAAUGAAAGAUGCUGGAACGAAAUUAACCGAUGACAUUCCAGACGAAUCAAACAGAAUCGUUUUUACCGAUACCGUAAGAAACAAAUACUUACUGGAAAGCGGUGAUAAAAUCAAAUGUUUUUUCGAAUCGGGCGCUCUGGAUAAAAAUGGUAAAUUAUUGGUCGAUCCGAAACACUCUCUCAACAAAGUAGGUCACGCUCUUCACUGGCUUCACCCCGUUUUCAAAAAAUACACUUUCUGCGACAAAAUAAAAAAUCUUUGUGACAAAGAUUUGGAUUUGGAAGAUCCCAAAGUCGUUCAAAGCAUGUACAUAUUUAAAAAUCCAAAAAUCGGUGACGAAGUUCCCUAUCAUCAAGAUUCUUCUUAUUUGCACACGAAACCGGAAAACAAAUUAGUCGGUUUUUGGAUAGCAUUAGACGAUGCCACCGUUGAAAAUGGAUGUUUAUGGUUUGCUCCGGGGUCACAUAAGAGUGGAGUACAUAGAAGGUAUAUCAGGAAUCCGGAUCUGGCAUCGGAUGAUCCUUUAAUAUAUACCUCACCGCAACCGUUUUAUCCAUCAUCAAAUUUUAUUCCGGUUCCCGUUAAAAAAGGUACUCUCGUACUCAUUCACGGUUUGGUUGUUCAUUUUAGCGAAUCGAAUAAAAGUAAUUUAUCUAGACACGUGUAUACAUUUCACGUGGUAGAUUUCGACAAGACUGUGUAUUCGAAAGAAAAUUGGUUACAACCGACGGAAAAUUUACCCUUUAAAAGUAUUUACGAAAAUUCGUGA